AAUGUUCACGUGACAUAGUUCAUAACAGCGAGUGAAACAUAGACGAGAAGAGUACGCCAAAUACAUCACAGUAUCUUGUAUACGUAUAGUGGACCAAAAGGCUGUAACAAUGUUACACUAUCAAGUGCUUUUUCUUGGUAAGUUAACUAAAACAUUUAUUUAUUUUACUUGUAAUCAUUUUAGGUAAGUAGUGUAAAAUGUAGUAGGUAGAGUAUAAAAUGAAGCAUGUAUAGUAUAAAUGUAUUAAUUAUUGUAUAAAAUGUAGUAUGUAUAGUACAAAAUGUAGUAUGUAUAGUAUAAAAUCUAGCAUACAUAGUAUAAAAUGUAGUAUAAUAGUAUAAAAUGUAGUAUAUAAUACAGGUCAAAAUGUAGCAUGUAUAGCAUAAAUUUAUUAAUUAUUGUAUAAAAUGUAGUAAGUAUAGUACAAAAUGUAGUAUGUAUGCUAUAAAAUGUAGUAUGUAUAGUAUAAAUUGUAGUGUACAUAGUAUACAAUGUAGUAUAUAAUACAGUUUAAAAUGUAGUGCGUAUAGUAUAAAUUGUAGUAUACAUAGUUGAAAUGUAGUAUGUAGCAUAUAAAAUGAAGUAUUUAAGGUACACAAUGUAGUAUGUAUAGUAUAAAAUGUAGUGUACAUGGUAUAAAAGGUAGUAUAUAAAGUAUCUUUCAAAAUCUUUUGUGUAAAAUAGUAGCGUCUUUUUCCGACCGAUUUCAUGUCAUGAAAUGUAAGGGAAAUCAUUUGAUCAAAAAGAAACCACGUGUAUGUCACUUGAUAAUAAAUGAAGCAGUUAUCUUUUAUUCCCUGACACUUGACUGCUACUACUUGUGUGUGCUUCUCCCAAGCUUGCUGUUAAUUGCUCUUUUUAGAAUUUGAUUAGCAGUAUAUCAUUUAAUAGUUUUGUUUCUUGUCGUAUUUUCAUUUGUCCUUUUUGCUGUGGAAGGCUCUUAGCCGAAAUUUUCACAUCAUAUUGUGCCAUCUUUUGAUUCGACUUCCACACAUGCCUUGUUAUACUAUUUUAUUACUAGAAUAAAUGACCCGAUGUUAUCGGGAUAAUAAUGGUCAGUCCUUUGCGAUAAUUUCUAACUGCUAUUGCAAAAACUCAUCCCAAUUCAUAACUUUUAAAAUGUACUGAUAUUUACGUUUCUAACAUCAUCAAGUUUUUAUCUGCUAUAUAUGAUUCGCGUACCCUACACCCUGUCAUGCUCCUAAACUACUUUCCCCCCUCUAAACAUGACCUUAAAUUACCCAGUCUAAAUUUUCACUAAUUAUAUCACUUUUGUCACUAAAGAAGUUAAUUGAGGGAUUAUUACUACGCUAGAGAAAUACUUCAGAUUAACCCCUUUCGCGACCUUGAAUUACAACAUUUUUUCUCUCAAAAUUUGUUAAAAACCUAAUCUUAAAUUUACAACAUGAAUUCCAUAUAUGAUAUAAAUAUAUUUUGUAUUACAGGAAUUCGAUAUACUAAUAUCUUCAUCAAAAAUUUAAACACAUGUUUGCCUUUUUUUAAAUUACACAUUAUCAGAAAAUCGUAAAACAAAGGAUUCUUUUAUCUAAGAAGAAUCUCGCAACUGUUUUUCACGCCUAUUUCAGAUUUGACUGUCUUUUAAAAUAAUUAAAUUGUUGAUCUGAUAAAAAAUACACACUUCUUUACGUUUGGCGAUGUAACAACAAAAAUAUAUUUUCUUUUUUUUUUUUUUAAAAGAAAAUAUUAACCCAUUUUCAUUUGUCAAAAUUUAAUUUUCAAGUGUAUAAAAUGAUGGGGUUUCGAUAUUCGUGGAUAUACUUAUAUAAAUGUACCUAAGAUUUGUUAACGCCAUUGAUUUUCUUAAUUGUUUUUUUUUUUUUUUUUUUUUUUUUAAGAGUUUUUUAUAUUUUUUUUUUUUUUUUUUUUUUUUUUUUUUUUUUUUUUAAAGAGGAUUUAACAUCUCUUUUUUCACAAAUGAAAUACCAUAGGCUUUACAUAUUUUGGCAUCCACGUAAAAAUGUACAGAUCCUUUUUCCUAUCUCCGAUAUGUAUGAACCCAAGAAGGUUAAUUAUUCAUCAAAUGAAUUCCUUUAUUUUGGGAAGCAUCUUGUAUUGCCUUGGGCAAAAUGAACAUACCAAUAUUUGUAAAAAGAGAAUGUAGCAUCUCUUUUUUUCACAAAUGUGAUACCACAGGAUUUAAAUAUAUUGUCAUCCACGUAAAAAUGUACACAUCCUAUUUUCUUCCUCCGACAUGUAUUUACCCAAGAAGGUUAAUUAUUUAUCAAAAUCAUUCCUUUAUAUUGAGACGUAUCUUGUGCUGCCUGGGGCAAAGUGACCAAGCCCUCCCCCACCCAGAUUUAAAUCAAUUUAGAAAAUCUUCCACUGGAUUGUACCCAAACUAACAUCUUUAGCACUUCAUAUGGUUCAUUCUUAUUUGUAUGAGGUAUAAGUGGAUUUGUGAAUGCUUUUAGCUAUGGAGUUGCGCUGCACGGAUUGACUUAAACCGCAUUUUCCUAUUAGGAUUAUAUUAAAAGGUUAGUUUUUAUUACGUUACAACUUUAAUAAAAGUAUAUUUUUGGAAUCAAAACAGGCAAAACUUUUUAAAUGUAAAAUACGCAAAGCAAAAAUGUAUGUGUGUUUUAUUAACAAUUUUAAAAAACAAUCAAUUGUAUUUAUUAUUUUUUCUUUUAAGAAGGGAAAAUACAUAAUCAGUUUUGUCAACCGGUGUUAUUAAAAUUAAAGAAACCUAAGAGUUUUGGCGAAAUAUGCUAUUUAGCGCUUUGACGUCAUUUGCGUGAUUAUUUAGAAUAAAUUAAUUUUAAUUCGCAAUAUUAACAACGCACAAAAAGACGCACUAAAAACUACUGAUGCUUGGGUUUUCCCGAUAAAUGUGAUUGCGGUGUAAUUCUUUGAUCAUGAUUUUUUUUUUCAUAUCUUGCAAACACAUAUAAAAUGCUUAAAAUAGUUCCUUAGUUGUUACUUUAAAUGUAUUUGUAAUUUGUAAUAAUAAUACUUAAACUUUUACUAAAAUAAAAUCGGAUUUAUAAUAUUUUUUGCGCAUUUAAAUUUAUUCGAUUUCCGUAAAAUAAUAGAAAAUAACUAUGAUUGUUUUUAGGAAUCCGAACAUACUUAAAUCAUAUCUCCCUUUUGGCGUUAUGUGACUCUAGCUCAUUCUUACAUAUAUAUAUAUAUAUAUUAAGUGUUCCCAGAUCACAAUGUAGCCCUCUCACUUAAGUGUUCCCAGAUCACAAUGCAGCCCUCUCAGUCUCUCUGUAGAAACAAAGGCGCACUUUAAAACGGACCCAAACAACACCAAAAAGUCUCUCUCACAUAACUGCGCAUGAUUACUGUCAAGCUAAAUGAAUUUAAGCGUUAUUAAUUUAAAAUUAAUAUUUACAUUAAGCUAAAAAGAAAAGAGAAUAGGAAUGGGGAGAAAUGUAGAACCACGAGAAAGAGAGUUCGUGAUUGAUUCCAUUCGAUGUUAUGGUGUCAAAAAUCUGAAUUAAUUUCUUUUCAUUCUUCACUCUCAACCGUGUGUCGAUGUAAGAAAUUAGAGCCGUGAUGGAUACAUCUGCUGCGACUCUGUGUUCAACUCCGUUGACAUGGGAUGAGACCCGGGGAAAGGCUUGUUUUGUUCCAUAUCUCAAAGAUAUUCUGAGAGUCUCCUUCACUAAGCUUCGUACAAAAUAUCAGCUCUCUGUUCGAUCAGGAGCCUAGAGAAAUAUGGAGUAACGGAAACCCUACCACGACAAAAAAACGCAAACAUAUCACAAACUAAAAAAAGGUGGUAUUUGUAGGUGGGUGAUUGUUGUAUUUUCACCUCUGACCAUACUUUAUUUAUCACUAACUCAAUAGGAGUUUUUCUGAACAUCGUGUUGAUCCAAACAGCCAUUGUUUUCCCCGGAUGUGAGCCAGACAAAAUGCAAGCAGCGGUCACGAAGUGCUACACCGACAAUGGCCUCCCUUACGACCAGUUCAUUCAAAACGUCUCCAACAACCUCGCCAUCACCACGGACGCCAACUACUACAAAUCCAUGUGCGCCAACAGACAAAACAUCAGCAAGUCGGUCUCCUGCAUCAGGACCGAAUACGACCGGUGCUCCAUGUUGGAAAGCGCCCCGACCCUGGAGACCGUGAACCAGUUAUGGGCCGUGUGUGAUGAUCCCAGGUACAACCUUUCCUGCGUGGCCGAAGCUGACCACCACUACCCGGAGUUGACGUACUGCAUCACCACCAGAACUAGCCAGCUGGGGAACACCACUGUGAACUGGAAGGACGAACUGUGCCAGAGUUUCCGAAUAGCUCAAGACUGUCAGGUGGAGAUGGUCCGGAAGUGCGACAACUACACGGCCAAUGUCAUGGUCAGUCACUUGAGUCAGUCGCUGCCCCCUUUCUGUUUGCCUAAUGUCGACACUAUUAUUGGACGGUAGAAACUUAUUGGAUGGUAUGUUUGGAUGGCCCACCUCCACUGUUCUUCACAUUAAACGUCUUAAGCUCUCUUGCUAUAGCACAUCUCACUCUCUCUCAUUACCCGUCUUAAGCUCUCUUGCUAUAGCACAUCUCACUCUCUCUCAUUACCCGUCUUACGCUCUCUUGUUAUAGCACAUCUCACUCUCUCUCAUUACCCGUCUUACGCUCUCUUGCUAUAGCACAUCUCACUCUCUCUCUUAAUAUUACACAAUGGACCCUGGUGAUUGUAAGAUGCUUUGAUGUUCUUUUAGUCAGAUCUUGUCAUGUUCUCAUGUAAGGAUGUUGGGAUCUUAUAAUAUGAUGACGUUGGGAUGUUUUUAUUGAAAGAUUUUAUAAUUUUAUGAUUUUCUCAUUGUAAGAAGAUAUUUAAAUUCUGUAUGUAUAUGUUGACACCCUGAGAUCAUUCGUAUGCCAAGUUCUCAAGUUAAAAAUGUAUUUUUUUAAAGAUUAAAAAUACAAAAUACAAUGAUAAGUUAGAAAAGGGGUGAAAAAAGGAACAGAAACCCUGAAAAAAAUGGUGUCAUUAGCUGACUUCUGACUUCGGUGGCUGUUGUUUUUUUUUCGUUUAGUUUUACCUCCUCCCCCAGAUUGUCAGCCAAUGAUGUUAUGAUUAUUGUAUUAUAUUAAAAAAUGCAAAAUUUAAGACCAAGGUUUUGAUGUUGUCAUUUUAUUUAUUUUGCACUGAAAUAUAUUGUACUUCAAAUGAAAAAACAACAUAUUAUGAUCUAAAUCACAUGAAAUGAACAUAUGUUUUACAUUCAU